UUGUCCUCAGAUUCCUGCUUUUUGCAGCAGCUUAAACUAAGUCUCUGCAAGUGCUGCGGGAGCUGGCAGGAGGCAGAAAUGAAGUUCAGAGGCGCGUCCCUGUGCUCUGACCACUAUUAUAUCUUGAGAAGGAGCAGAAAGGAACUACCUGACAACGGAGCGGGGACUAACGGUAUUCGGCUGACCAUGGAGAGCGCUCUGACGGCCCGCGACCGUGUGGGGGUGCAGGAUUUUGUCCUGCUCGAGAACUUCACCAGCGAAGCAGCGUUUAUUGAAAACCUGCGUAAGCGCUUCAAGGAGAAUCUGAUCUAUACAUACAUUGGCUCCGUUCUGGUGUCUGUUAAUCCAUACAAGGAACUGGAAAUCUACAGUAAACAGAACAUGGAGCGAUACCGUGGUGUCAGCUUCUAUGAAGUUUCUCCUCACCUCUACGCUAUUGCAGACAAUUCCUAUCGCUCCCUGCGCACGGAGAGGAAGGAUCAGUGUAUUCUGAUCUCUGGGGAGAGCGGGGCUGGCAAAACAGAGGCCACCAAGAAGAUCCUGCAGUACUACGCCGUGACCUGUCCAGCCAGUCAGCAGGUCGAAACCGUGAAGGACCGCCUGUUACAAUCCAAUCCCGUCCUGGAGGCCUUUGGAAAUGCAAAAACCCUUCGGAAUGACAACUCCAGCCGAUUUGGGAAAUACAUGGAUGUGCAGUUUGAUUACAGGGGGGCUCCUGUUGGGGGCCACAUCUUGAACUACCUCCUGGAGAAAUCCCGAGUUGUGCACCAGAAUCAUGGAGAGAGGAACUUCCACAUUUUCUAUCAGCUGCUAGAAGGAGGGGAAGAAGACUUACUGCGAAGGCUCGGCCUCGAAAAGAGCCCACAACAGUAUCACUAUUUGGUAAAGGGUCACUGUGCAAGGGUCAGUUCCAUAAAUGAUAAAAAUGACUGGAAGAUUGUGCGAAGAGCCUUGUCCAUUAUAAGCUUCAAUGACAACGAGGUGGAGGAUUUGCUGAGCAUUGUGGCUAGCGUUCUGCAUCUGGGGAACGUGCAGUUUGCUGCUGAUGAGCAAGGAAAUGCUCAGGUCACUACGGAGAAUCAGAUUAAAUAUCUGGCCAGGCUUCUAGCAGUUGAGGGCUCCGUUCUUCGAGACGCGUUGAUCCACAAGAAGAUCAUAGCAAAAGGGGAAGAGCUAAUCAGUCCUCUGAACCUGGAGCAGGCAGCCUACGCAAGGGAUGCACUUGCUAAGGCAAUAUAUGGACGCACUUUCUCCUGGCUGGUGAACAAGGUUAACAAGUCUCUCGCUUACAAGGAAGGAGAGUUUCCGGGCUGGAGAAGUACAACAGUUCUAGGGUUGCUUGAUAUCUAUGGAUUUGAGGUUUUCCAGCACAACAGCUUUGAGCAAUUUUGUAUUAAUUAUUGUAAUGAAAAAUUGCAGCAGCUCUUCAUAGAGCUCACAUUAAAGUCGGAACAAGAGGAGUACGAGUCAGAAGGCAUAGCGUGGGAACCAGUUCAGUAUUUCAAUAACAAAAUAAUUUGUGAUUUGGUGGAAGAAAAAUUCAAAGGCAUCAUUUCUAUUUUGGAUGAAGAGUGUCUGAGACCUGGGGAUGCCACAGAUACAACAUUCUUGGAGAAACUGGAGGAAACUGUGAAGAACCACCCUCACUUUCUCACGCACAAGCUCGCUGACCAAAAGACUCGCAAGUCACUGGGGCGGGAGGAGUUUCGGCUUUUGCACUAUGCUGGAGAGGUCACCUACAGUGUUGCAGGUUUUCUAGAUAAAAACAAUGACCUUCUCUUUCGGAACCUGAAGGAGACCAUGUGCAACUCGGAGAAUCCUAUCAUAAAUCAGUGUUUUGACAGGACAGAGCUGACAGACAAAAAGAGACCUGAAACGGCAGCAACUCAGUUUAAAAACAGCCUCUCCAAACUCAUGGAAAUUCUGAUGUCCAAAGAACCCUCCUACAUUCGUUGCAUGAAACCUAACGAUGCCAAACAGGCUGACCGAUUUGAUGAAGUUCUCAUCCGACAUCAAGUGAAAUACCUAGGGCUGAUGGAGAACCUCAGAGUGCGCAGAGCUGGGUUUGCAUAUCGAAGAAAAUACGAAGUUUUCCUGCAGAGGUACAAAUCACUGUGUCCAGAAACAUGGCCUACGUGGGAUGGCCGGCCCCACGAUGGGGUGGCUGUGCUGGUGAAGCACCUUGGCUACAAACAGGAAGAAUACAAAAUGGGACGAACAAAGAUUUUUAUCCGCUUUCCCAAGACCUUGUUUGCAACGGAAGAUGCUCUGGAAGUGAGGAAGCAGAGUCUGGCAACAAAAAUGCAGGCCACGUGGAGAGGUUUCUACCGUCGAAAGAAAUUCCUGCACAUGAAACACUCAGCAAUAGCGAUCCAGUCCUGGUGGCGGGGAACCUUGGGACGCCGAAAAGCUGCCAAGAAGAAGUGGGCAGUAGAGACUAUCAGAAGGUUCAUUAAAGGUUUUAUUUACCGGAACCACCCUCGCUGCCCAGAGAACGAGUAUUUCCUCGAUUACAUCCGCUUCUCCUUCCUGAUGAACCUCAAGCGUAAUUUGCCAAAAAACGUUUUGGACAAAUCGUGGCCAACUCCUCCUCCCUCGCUCUGUGAGGCAUCCCAGCUCCUGCGACAGCUCUGUAUGCAGAACAUGGUCUGGACCUACUGCAAGAGAAUCAGCCCAGAGUGGAAGCAGCAGUUGGAACAAAAAGUAAUUGCCAGUGAGAUUUUUAAGGGUAAAAAAGACAAUUACCCUCAGAGCGUUCCUAGACUCUUCAUCAACACUCGACUUGGUAACGAAGAGAUAAAUGCUAAAGUCCUUCAGGCUUUAGAAAGUGAAGCAAUUAAGUAUGCAGUUCCUGUGAUCAAGUACGACCGGAAAGGAUACAAAGCAAGAGCACGGCAGCUGCUUCUUACCCAGAACGCAGUCGUCAUAGUCGAAGAAUCCAAAAUCAAACAACGCAUCGACUAUGCCAAUCUGACAGGCAUCUCCGUCAGCAGCCUGAGCGAUAACUUGUUUGUGCUGCACGUGCACUGUGAGGAUAACAAACAGAAGGGUGAUGUUGUACUUCAAAGUGACCAUGUGAUCGAGACACUAACAAAAACAGCCAUGCAGGCAGACAAAGUCAAUAAUGUCAACAUCAACCAGGGCAGCAUAAAAUUUACAGUUGGGCAAGGCAAAGAAGGCAUAAUUGACUUUAUAUCGGGAUCAGAACUGCUUAUAGCCAAAGCCAAGAACGGCCAUCUAACAGUGGUUGCUCCACGUUUGAAUUCUCGAUGAUAAAACGUGCCACCACGACAGGACCUUUUCCUCCGUCAGUCUGACUGCACCCUAUAGAAUUGGCUGGACAUUGUUCCCAGCAAAAUCCCCCCUCCUUCCUCGCUUUGCUCAUUUUGUUUAUUGUUACCAAAGACCUGCACUUUCAGAAAAAAAAAAAACCACCACAAAAUACAUCUUGCUUUCUUGUCUUAAUAUGAAAGUUCCAAAAGAAAGGCCUUCUCUUCCUUACCUUAGUGGCAAACGCAUGGGUCCAACGCCAUGUCUGUGAAACCGUGGCUCAUGAAACAUAUUCAGCUGGGCUUUGAGGGAGAGGUAGCUCUAUUGAGAGUUUAAGCCCUGAUGGAAACGACCAAAAUUUUGUGCUUGUCCUCAUCAAAAAGCACAAUCAGAAAACAAGUAACUAACUCUGCUGCUUUGUCAGCCAAAUCAAUGAAAUGCCAAACUUUAUAUUCAGAAAGUUUUAUGAAGAAUUUUGCUCUGAGACGUUUUGAUGCUUUGUGUUACAAUAUAUUAAAGCCAUAUUCUGUAAAUGAGUACAACCCUGUAAAUACUUUAUAGCUGAGUAUGGGAGAUGCACUACAAGAAAUGGAGUUGAUGUGGAAACUUUUAUGUUUUAGAUUUGGAAUUUUUGUUGUUUUUAGUUUAUGAUUAUAAGGUGUGAACCUGAGAAACCCCAUCAUGUAACUUCUUCACUCAUCUGGAUCAGAGACUCUUACUUUUUUUUUUUUCAAAGCAAGUCACUUGUCCCAUUUCUUGCUCUGUAGUGAUAUUUUUAUACCGUAGGAACUUUUUCAUAUCCACACAUCCAAACAAAACCUAAGUAAUUAAUACAAACUGCAGAGGCCACCACUUCUCUGUGCCGCUCUAGGCUGGAAAUGAAACCUGUAGUCCUUGGCCACAGGAUGUGCACAUGAGCUUUCCCUCCCACCUUGUACCUGUCUGGGAGUCACCACUGCCCCUUCCCCCACAGCUCAUCAGGCUCAGAGCAGCACCUUCAGAAAAAGUUGCUUUUCCUCUCGUUUUCAGCGAUAACUGGAAGUUUGAGUUCCCACAAUAAAGCUCCACAAUGUUUGUAUAAAUGCCUCUCUGUACUGCCUUAAAGAGGAAGAGAUGGCUAGUUCAGCGCUGCUGGCAUUACUGACCAACUGGCUGACAGCUCCUUUGCACAGAAGCAUCUUCCUAAGCAAGCUGUGUCACUUCACUCCAGUUCUAACCCAACGCUAGAAGCGAUACACGUUUUGAAUGCUAACUGGUCUCAGACUGCGUCAGAGAUUAAUACUAAGCACCUUCAUUUAACAACCCAAAUGGCUACAGGGUGGACAGCUACGUGUCAAAUACCUGCUGACUGCAAAUCACAGCUCCAACUUCCGAGUUCUAGACCUCAAACAGUACAUUUUGCACUCUACUUGCCUUAGAAAUCCUUCACAUUCCACCUCUAUCCUGAUGCAGUAGCAACAACAGUUACAGUAAGCCCUGAAUAAAAUAUAACCAAACAUGUUGCCACUCACAUACAGUCGGCUCGGCCUCCUACUUUUUGGUUUCCGACAUUAUGCAGUUAUCAAACACUGCCCCAGGCCUGGAAUGCUGUAUACACUGUAGUACAUAUACACCAUACCACUGUAUAUGCUAGAGUGUAUAUACUAUACAAUGCUGUAUACGCUAUUAUAUAACCUCUUCAAGACUACGCUCAAUAAAUUUUUACAAAAAAACCC